AUGACAUUAUCGCAUUUUUGGCCUACAAAAGAGCAGGUGGAACAGUUGGAAGUGCCAGCUUACGAUGAGGAAGUGGCGGCAGAUUUGUACGAACAGAACGAGGGGUACUUGGCGAAAAUAAGUACGUCCAGUCUUCACCAUGCAAGGCAGCAGUUGAGCCGAUUAAGAGUGAAGACAUCUGUUUUGACGCGGUUUGUAGCGUGGUUUCAGACUUUUAUGUUGGCAGUACUAUCGUACGGGCCCACGCCGCAGCAUUUGUCAUUUAUUAUGGAUGGUAACCGCCGAUACGCCAAGAGGUUGGGACAACCAGUGAAAGAGGGUCACAAGGCUGGUGGAGCGAAGCUCAUUGAUAUUUUAUACAUUUGUAAGCGGCUCAACGUGAACAGUGUGAGCGCUUACGCGUUUUCGAUCGAGAACUUUAACAGGUCUCCAGCUGAGGUAGAUACUCUCAUGGGGUUGUUAGGAUACUACAUUGAUCAGUUCACACAAAGGGCGACUGAUGCAAGGGAUGAUUUGUAUGGGAUCAAGCUAAAGAUCGCUGGUGAUAUGUCGUACUUGAGCGGCGAUUUGGUUGCCAAAAUCAGGAAAGCAGAGGAAUUGACUCGCAACGGGACGCAAUUUACUCUAUACUUGGCGUUACCAUAUACAUCGCGUAACGAUAUUGCCCACGCGAUGAAAGUGAGUGUAGAAAAUUGUGUCAAUUCUAACGCUGAUAUCACCGAAGAAGCGCUUACCCAAAAUAUGUAUUUUGAGAAACACUCCGAUAAAUGCGACCUCUUGAUAAGAACCAGUGGCCAUACUAGACUUUCAGAUUACAUGUUGUGGCAGGUCCACGAGAACGGUAUUCUUGAGUUUUCCGACUGUUUGUGGCCUGAUUACGGAUUCUGGAGAUUGUACUUUACCAUGCUCAAGUGGAGCUUUUACAACACUUGGCAACAAGCCAGCUUGAAUUGGGACAAUGAACAACAACAAAAGGAAUAUAGUAAUAAUAAUAAUAAUAAUAAUGCAUCCGGUGGUGGUAAACACAACAAUAAUUCCUCGUGGUUCCCUGCCUUGAGCGACCUAAUGCCAGGUCCGGUGUCAGCCUUUAGAAAGACAAAGGGCAUCUCCUUAGAAUCGCUACCACCCGCCCCAUUGGCAGUGACUGUUGUUGACCGCAAGUAA